CGGAACCUAGGACCCUGCUGCUCUGAGCUCUCCCUCCUCCACCCUCCCUCCUCUCCCGCUGGUGCCCAGGAGCCUCCAGCGCUGUUCCCAGGAGAAGCAAUUUAGUUCCCAGGAUCCUCACCCCGCAUGGAGGAUGCUGUGCACAGAGACAAGCCAGCCCUGGUGCACGGUCAGGCACCCACAGGCUCUCCGCGCGCCCGCCUCACCUCACCCACCUGAAACUGACUUCCCAUGCCCUUGCCCCCGCCAGCAAGAGGGCGGCCAGGAGCGUGCCCCUUGCUGGUUUCCCUUGUUUGCUGGAAACCUGGCAGGACUUCCCCUAUAACUGGCCAUCUGCGCCCCUCGGCCAGCGAAGACCAUUCUGCAGACGGUGGGGAGUCGCCCCAGGACCCUGCCUCCGACAGGCGGGGUGCUAUGGAAUAUGACGAGAAGCUGGCCCGGUUCCGGCAGGUGCACCUCAACCCCUUCGACAAGCAGCGGGGGCCACAGCAGCAUGAGCGGGGGGCUGGCGAGGAGGCCCUGGACGCCAGAGCCGGAGAGGCCCUGCCCGAGCUGCCCCCUGGGGAACCGGAGUUCCGCUGUCCAGAGCGCGUGAUGGAUCUCGGCCUGUCCGAGGACCACUUUGCCCGGCCGGUGGGCCUGUUCCUGGCCUCUGAUGUGCAGCAGCUGCGGCAGGCCAUCCAGGAGUGCAAGGAGGCCAUCCUGGAGCUUCCCGAGCACUCGGAGAAGCAGAAGGACGCUGUGGUGCGGCUCGUCCACCUGCGGCUGAAGCUCCAGGAGCUGAAGGACCCCAAUGAGGAUGAACCCAACAUCCGAGUCCUUCUCGAGCACCGCUUCUACAAGGAGAAGAGCAAGAGCGUGAAGCAAACCUGUGACAAGUGCAACACCAUCAUCUGGGGACUCAUUCAGACCUGGUACACCUGCACAGGUGAGCGGGGCCAGGCCUGGUACACCUGCACAGGGUGUUACUACCGUUGUCACAGCAAGUGUUUGAACCUCAUCUCUAAGCCCUGCGUGCGUUCCAAAGUCAGCCACCAGGCCGAGUACGAGCUGAGCAUCUGCCCUGAGGCAGGGCUGGACAGCCAGGACUACCGCUGUGCCGAGUGCCGGGCGCCCAUCUCCCUGCGGGGUGUGCCCAGUGAGGCCCGGCAGUGCGACUACACCGGCCAGUACUACUGCAGCCACUGCCACUGGAACGACCUGGCCGUCAUCCCGGCACGCGUGGUGCACAAUUGGGACUUUGAGCCGCGCAAGGUGUCCCGUGGGAGCAUGCGCUACCUGUCGCUGAUGGUGUCAAGGCCGGUGCUGCGGCUCCGAGAGAUCAACCCUCUACUGUUCAACUACGUGGAGGAGCUGGUGGAGAUCCGGAAGCUGCGCCAGGAUAUCUUGCUCAUGAAGCCAUACUUCAUCACCUGUAGGGAGGCCAUGGCAGCACGGCUGCUCCUGCAGCUCCAGGACCGGCAGCACUUUGUGGAGAACGACGAGAUGUACUCGGUGCAGGACCUGCUGGACACGCACUCGGGCCGCCUGGGCUGCUCGCUGGCCGAGACCCACACGCUCUUCGCCAAGCACAUCAAGCUGGACUGUGAGCGGUGCCAGGCCAAGGGCUUUGUGUGCGAGCUCUGCAGAGAGGGUGACGUGCUGUUCCCUUUCGACAGCCACACGUCCGUGUGCGCCGACUGCUCCGCCGUCUUCCACAGGGACUGCUACUACGACAACUCCACCACGUGCCCUAGGUGUGCCCGCCUCACCUUGCGGAAGCAGUCACUCUUCCAGGAGCCCUGUCCGGACGUGGACGCCUAGAGCAACAGAGCCCCUGCCAGCCUGUCUGAGGCCCACCGUGCUGGUCAUUGCCAACGUCAAGGCGUUUCUUGUGCUCUGGAGACCCCAGGGUCUGGCUUCUGGACCUCUCCCCACCGCUAGGCUGGCACCGCAAGGACCAGCAUCUCCCUGGCGCUGUCGGGGGCCUGGGGUGGCUGUGCCUGGCUGUUUCCCGGGGGAGCUGCUGGGAGGCCAUGGCAGGGCUUUAAGGUAGGGGAGGGGAGGCGGCUGUAUCUCAUCUCCCUUUGGGCACAAGCCCUCCACACCCCUGGGGCAAGGCUGCUGGGCCUUGGCCACCCUGGUCAUCCCGGGGGCUUCCAGGGAGUGGCCGACAGGACUGAGGAUGCCAGCCGCACACAGCCAGCCUUGGCCUGCGUUUCACCUGGGUGGCUGGUUUGGGACCCACCCGGAGGCCCCCUCCGCCCCCACCCCAGGCCCCUGGUGUCUCUGGGGACGUUGGGUUGUCCCUGGCUGGGCUGUUCACAGCUCCUCCGAGGUCUUCCCUCGGGUCCGCCUCUGGCAGGGCCCGUCCAGGGGCGCUGGCUCUUCCUGUACAACAUGGAAGGAUGAGGGCCGUCUAGCUCUUAGCUGUGGAUGGACUGGCCACCGCUCCCUCCUGGCCCGGCCCAGCCUACCCUGGUGCUCCAAGCUGGGCUGGGGCCUGCCCAGAGAGGCUGCUCUGCUUCCAGGUGGAGUGGUGCCUGUGCCCGGGAGGUCAGGGUUAGACAAGAGGGCUGCUGAUGGCAGCUCUGGGACCAGGUUUGUCUGAGGGGCUGCAUCCUUGCCAGGUGCCUGGGAGACCAACUGGGGCCCUUUGCUUGGGGUCCUGAGAUCAGGCACCGGAAGGACACCUGGAGCACGGGGCGUGGGUGUGGGAGGUCCUGCUCCAGCUGGCCAGGACCCUUGGGUGGUGGACUGAGCCACCGCCAUCCAGUGGUGGAGCUGCAUCUGCAGGGAUGCUUUGUGCUCUGAAGACCCAGCUGCCAGGAAGCCUGUGGGAAGAGGCAUGGAUCCCAGCCUUUCCUGCUCUUCCCGGACCGUGCUUGGCUCUUGGCGCGAGUGGGUGACACACAGGUGGGGUGGGGGGCAGGAAAUGCAGCCACAGGAGUACCUGUGCCCUCUGCCUGGGAAGCCUGAGAGCGGAGAGGCCAGAGGCAAGGCCGAUGCAAGGGCUGGGUCAAGACAGCACCACCCCUCGCCCCCUGCACCCCGGGGGAGCCCUCCCUGGCGGCCGCAGGCUGCGCCCUCCAUCCUGGCCCGCCUUGGCAGGACCCCGAGGAAGGCCAGCACCGUAAGGGUGGUCAGCAGCUGUCCCGCCCCGCUGCCCUUCUUCUCGGGUUGGGGGGGGGUCAGGGCUCAGUGCCCUCUUCCUGCCCCUGGUCUGCACACUCCGCGAUCAUCACGGACCCACUGUAGGGAAGUUGGCUCUUCUUGAAUUUACUGUGUCACCACCACCACGCUACCCAAGUUACAAUCACUGUGUCCACAAGAACUAGUCCACUGGCACGUGGCCGACAAAGUUGGCUUUAUUUUUUAAACUGCCACCCUCAUCAUCUCGA